GAGGCCGAAUAUGUGCUGCCUCAAGCGCGAAGCGACCAGUUCCCACGGGCGCGCCGGAGGGUCUUGGGCGCGAGCGGUCGACCACACAGCCUGCUCUGAACUUUGCCUGCGAUCCUCCUGCCUCUGCUCCCCCUCUCAAGCAUCGUUGUGCACGGAUUGUUAUUUACCAAAGUAACGUGUAGGAAAGCUCGGACACCAUGGGUCAAUCACCGUCGCAGUUCAUGGAGGACAUGCAGAGGCGGUCCAACUUCAAUGCCAACGAGUUGGAACGGCUGAAGAAGCGCUUCAUGAAGCUGGACAGCGAUGGCUCUGGAUCGAUAGAUCGCGAAGAGUUCCUUCAAAUCCCCCAAAUCGCUAACAACCCCCUCGCAUCACGACUAAUCGCUAUCUUCGACGAAGAUGGAGGAGGGACGGUCGACUUCCAAGAGUUCGUCGGUGGUCUGAGCGCAUUCAGUAGCCGAGGAGGUCGAGAAGAGAAGCUGAGAUUUGCCUUCAAGGUGUAUGACAUGGACCGAGAUGGUUAUAUCUCGAACGGAGAACUGUUCCUCGUGUUGAAGAUGAUGGUCGGAAAUAACCUCAAGGACGGACAACUACAACAAAUCGUUGACAAGACGAUAAUGGAAGCGGAUAAGGACGGCGAUGGCAAGCUCAGUUUCGAGGAAUUCGUUCAAAUGGUGUCGAAUACGGAUAUUGUAAAGCAGAUGACGCUAGAGGAUCUGUUCUAGUGCCAACCGGUCGUAUGUUCUGGUGUACGUUAGUUUCCCCAUUAGCUCUAUACCCAUUCGUGUCUCGCUACUCCUCGCGCAUUGUUACCGCUCAUGAUCUGCAAUGACACUCACGCCUUGUGCGACUUGUGACUCUGCUGUUUCACUAUCACGUAGCCAGUAUCGCUCAUGAUAAUCCUAAACAGGUC